ACAACUCAAAAGGUAAUUCCUCGCAUCAUUUACAUGUCCCUCUUGACAACUAAUAAUAUGUCGUAAACAUCUAUAAACACAUCGUUGGAUACCGACAAAUAUGUUUUGUGAUAAAGAAGUUGGCAGAAGGACUUGAAUGUUAACGCAGUUAAAAAGGAAAAGUUUGUUUUCAAAAGAUUUAAGGCGGGCAAUUUAUGAAUUAAAUCUUUUCAAUUUAUUUGCUUAGUAUUUAAGUCACGUAGUUUUUUUGUGGUUUAAGUAAAGAAUGGGUUUCGGUGAAGCUUCUUUAUUUGCAAAGAUAGGAUUCGUCUUGCUUAUAAUUGCAUUCAUUCUACAACUACUAGGAAUAGCUUUGCCGUACUGGUACUCUGUUGAUAAAGACAGCUAUGAUGCAUACGGUGGACUUUUUAGAGGAUGCUUUGAGAUUGCCAGUUCGAACAAGAAAACCUGCGACAGGAUGAAGAACGUUGCAGACUACUGGGCUGCCACACAAGCGUUUGAACUAAUCGGAUUCUUCUUGGUAGUUGGGGCGCUUAUUCUAAGUAUCAUUGUUCUCUUCAUCAAGAGUGACAUGAAAAUUCUCAAGCUCAUCUGCUGGAUUCUUUGUUUCUGCGCAUGUGGGUUUAUCAUCGUUGGCAUUAUAAUAUAUGGGGCAGAGGCUGAAGGUAUUUAUGCGGAGUUUUCAGGAGCGUUUGCUAUCACUAUAAUUGCUGGAAUCAUAAGUUUAGCCGCAGGCGUUCUCUGGUUACUGGACUGGAUGGGAAAGGCCAUGUGAACCUUGAAACAUUCUUUACAGUCAAUUUAUGCCUUAAAAUAUUUAUUUCAUAUUUCAAAGAACCGAACAGAAUAUUUAUAUUUUGACCUAAACAUAUACUGCUGAACAUCAGCCAUGACAAUACACAAAUUAAGUUAAUCCAUUCUUGGAAUAUAAAAAUAUUAUAUGAGCCGCGCCACGACGACAAAACCAACAUAAUGGGUUUGCGACCAGCAUGGAUCUUGACCAGCAUCCGCGCAGUCUGAUCAGAAUCCAUGCUGUUCGCUAUCAGUUUCUCUACUUGCUAUAGGGUUUGUAAGCGAACAGCAUGGAUCCUGAUCAGAAUGUACGGAUGCGCAGGCUGGUCUGGAUCCAUGCUGGUCGCAAACCCAUUAUGUUGGUUUUGUCGUGACAUGGCUCAUAUGUUAACAAAUGCAAUUCAAAUUCUUUAUCAAUUAGUUAUUCGUUCAUUUAUUCUUUCAUUAAUACUUUGCUUUAAUUGUUUAGAUCAAUGAGUUUAAAAAGGAAAAUUUCUACUGACGAAACCGAGUCAGAAAUUUUCAUAUAAUAUUGUUGUUCUCAUUGAUUGCAACAGAUCUCUAGAAUUUUUUGCUUGCCUUUUUACUCGGUUAUGUUUACCAUAAUUAUGUGUACAUGUAAUUUGAUGGGAUGAAAUUCACUAAGUAAGUUUGCUUAUUUUGGUCUAGUAACAAUAACUACAUAUUAAAAUGCAGUCUACUAUCACAUGACAGUUGUUUUAAUUAUUAAUUUUCUGUUAACACUAAUUGAGGCCACCGACUUAUUUUAAAAUGCUGAGAAAUUAUUUUUACUGAACGACAUACACCAUCUCUUUGUUUUAGAAUCAUUGUCUUUUGAAUGUAUCUUGAAUUUGUUAAAAGUGUGAAUAAUACAAGUAGGAUAUGACUGCACUUACGAUGUGACGUGAGGGUGAUUCGAGUCAAAGUCGAAGGUGAUGUUAGUGUGAAGCAAGUGUGACAUUAGUUUGAUAAAAGUGUGAAAGAGUGUGAUAAGAGUCUAAUAUUAGCGUGAUAAAAGUGUUAUAGAGAAUGAUGCGAGUGUGAAUAUGAUAUAAAUAUAAUAAGAGUGUGAAAGAGUGUGAUUUGAUACGCGUGUGGUGUCAGUAAGAUAAAGUUUGAACUAGUAUGAUACAAGUUAUUAUUAUUCAUGAGUACAAUACAGUAUUCUUUUGGAAGAGAAUACAUCUUGCCGAGUCCAAUAAAGGUUUUGCAGCUGUGUUAUUUUUUGUCCGGUAGAAAGUUAUUGUACAUAGAAUAAAUAAUGACCAGUUUAUUUCUCUUAGUCAAGUUAAAAUAGAAAAUACGUAAAUUCAAGGUAAACUCUUAAGAUCAACAUUGGAUGUAAAUUUACUUCUUGGGGUACAAUAUGGAUAAUAUAUGCAAGUUUAGGACCCGGAAUUAAAUAAAUAUGAGACUAAAUUGGCAAGAUUUGAUUAAAUUAUAAUAUAUUUUUGAUGAUCACAUGGUUUGAAUACUGGUUACAUUUUAAUACCUGUGAACUAAAUUUACAUAUGAUGCAGGUGAGACGUAUAAUCAUCAGAAACUAAGAAUUCAUAUAGCCUUUUACCCCAUUUUUGUAAACAAGCAAUUCUUUUACAUGGGACGAAUACUCUAAAAUGAUCUGAGUUAAUUUUAUAUAUUGUAGACACGUGUUUGAGAGUAAGAGUGAUAAGGCGUGUGUGCUUUUGUUUGCUUUCCAUUGCAUGUUUUAUAUGCGCUUCAAUAUUUUACACAUUCGACAAUGACGUCAGAGACGCACUUGUUUCAUAGUUAAAUAUGUGUAUGUUAUAUAUCAUUAAAUGAGCCGCGUCAUGACAAAACCAACAUAAUGGGUUUGCGACCAGCAUGGAUCCAGACCAGCCUGCGCAUCCGCGCAGUCUACUUGUAAAAGGGUUGGUAAGCGAACAGCAUGGAUCCUGAUCAGACUGCGCGGAGGCACAGGCUGGUCUGGAUUCAUGCUGGUCGCAAACCCAUUAUGUUGGUUUUGUCAUGACGCGGCUCAAAUAUCCAUGAAUACUUUUUUAGUAUUGUAUUUUGAGUGGUAUUCGGAUUUGUUUCUUGUCUGGUUAUUUUAAAUUAUAUAGAGAAUAUAUAAGUGUUUUUCUCCCUAUAAAUACAGGAUAUAUUUUCAUCGAGCGGUAUAAAAUAUGAUAAUUUUCAAACCUAGAGAUGAAAAUAUAUCCUGUGUUUAUAGAAAAGACAUCAAAUUGUUUGUUUAUUGUAUACGUUUUCUUUCCGACAUUACAAUUUGAAAGACUUGCCUUUAAAGUUUGUGUAUUGGCUGAAUUUAGAAGAAAGAAGUCCGGUGAAAAUACGGAUACUAUGAAAAAUAAAUUUUAACAGUAAAAAUACGGAAAAUGAAAAUACUAAAAAAAGACAUUUUAUUUCAUCAAUGUUUCUCAAUAUUUCAUUUAUAGGUAUAUUUUAUUCUUUUAAGUGGAUUUUAUAUUUUAAAAAGUGAAUAUGUUUAAAAAGAGUUCAUUAAUUUAGAUAUAACUGAUAUGCCAUUCGUUAUAAACAUUAUUAUAUAUUUUAUUUUCAUGUUUUACCAAGAAAGUUCUUUCAAUUUGAUCAUAUUGAUCACAUCCAUGUUUACUUUAUUGAGAUUUUUUUAAGAUGACCAUUUAUUCAUACUGUAUUGUACACAAACAAAUUAGACAUAUACAUGUAGUAUAAUUCAUAGAAAUACUGCUUCAUAAAAAACAAUGGAAAUAGGUAAAGCAAAAACAUUAUUCAUUGGUUUUCAGCAAUUUUAUUCCGGUUUAUAUAUGCUCUUUUUUGUAGACUGUUGUUUUUCCUCGUGUGAUAAUAAAUAAUUUUCAACCUG